AUGACCAGCUCGAAGGAGGUUCAAUGGCCUCCAGCACGUACAAUAUCCAGGGACGCUUCUAUUCGCCACUCUCUACUCUUGGACCAAGGAAACAAACCAGUACCCACAUUGGAAGUUGAAGAUGUGAGACCAUCAAGCUACGAAUCGAUUGUAAAGAAGCCGAUUUACAGGAUUAAGGUCGUGGAAGAUUGGAUUCCCGAGUACACGGAGGAACUUAAUGUGAAAGCUGGAGACAUCUUUGAGGUGGUCGAUCAAACGUCCUUCUACUACGAAGUCAUCGGCGUGGAUCCAAAGGCACCAAAGCACGGAUUCAUUCCUAGUAACAUCGCUGUAAUCGAACGUGACUAUGCGUACCCUGAAAACAGCAACCCUCACGAUGCUGGACAGGCUCGCCGAGCGGAUUCUGGAUACAUAUCCGCCUCUAGGUCUAAAUCUCCUAGCCCGCAACCUCAUACGACGCACCGGGCUGGAUCCAACGAGUCUCUGACGAGAAAAGCAGCUAUACCAGCCUUUCCCUCUAUACCGACAUUAUCUGAUUCCGUUAGCAGCCUCACGACUACUGAAGCAUCUAUACCGACUCUAUCUGAUUCUAUUCAUCUUAAUCCACCCAGUCCAAAAUCUGCAACGACAUCCCCAACUGUGCCGGCACUAUCCAGUAUGCCUGUGAAAAGGAAUCCGUCAAGCCCGAAGCCGCCUCCGACAGUACCUCUGCCACCGCUCCCUCUGACACUACCACGUACACCAAUGUGCUAUGCAUCUAUAAUAGGUCACGAGGUGCAAGAUCAGAUAUAUAAAUGUGAAUUUCUUGGAUUGCACGGCAUCUCCAGGCUCGUAUUAUCUCGGUCGUUUGAAGACUUUUGGAAUCUCCAGAUGUCGCUAUCCUCCAACUUCCCAAGCGAAUUUGGACGAAGGACAGAGCCUAGGACUAUACCGUUUCUGCCUUUACCGGCAGCUCACGAGAGCACUGAAGUAUCCGAGGAUAUAGUACUGAGUAGGCGGGAGGCUCUAUCCACGUAUCUGUAUGAAUUGGUGAGGCUGCCUGCCAAAGUCGUGCAGUCGAAGGCAGUAACGUACUUUUUAGCUCUCAGGGCAGGGGAUGAGGAAGGUGGAGAGCCUGCUGGUCAGCAUGCAAAAGAAGGUGACGACGCUCAGAAAGUACAGCCAACUAGUGUAAAAGUGAAGCUAAUCGACGACGAGGACAUUCUCGCUUUGAAGAUACCGUUGGAUAUCGACUAUCCGGAACUUAUGAAGCAGAUUGUGGCCCGAGUAGGAGCCGAACGAGUAAAAAAUGGUGUAUGUUAUAAGGAUGAGAUUGGACGAGACAUCACAUUAGUUGGGGAGCAGGACCUGUCGUUACUGCUACGAACAAAUAAGAACCGUAUUAUACUUAAAGUAUUCUCAGCACCUUAUGAGCCAACUGCUCACAUGGACGAGGACAGAAAGAGCGCCGAUCUCGGAGAACAAACACUGACACCACCCUCGGAGAUGACGCUCCCACAGUAUGUGCCACUGGCGAAAUCCGAUGACUUUGAAAAAGCAAUUGUCAACCCAGCCGUCGAGGAAGCUGUUGUCAAGAAAAUCGACUGGAAACUACUGCCAUGGUUGAUUAUCUGCUACAUCUUUUCUAUCAUUGACAGAACGAAUUUGGGGAAUGCAAAGAUCGCCAACUCCGAGACUGGAGACUCGUUAGCUCAAUCUCUCGGUUUAACUGGAACGCAAUUCAACACUGCUGUCGCCGUAUUCUUCAUAACAUACUGUUUGUUUGAAAUUCCAUCCAAUCUUCUUUUGCGCUAUGGCCCAUCAGCUCAUUUUACUCGAAUAAUGUUCCUCUGGGGUAUAUGUGCGAUGAGUUUUGCUGCCGUCAAGAAUUUUGCUGGAUUGCUUGUUGCUAGAUUGGUUUUAGGAAUGCUGGAAGCAGCCAAUAAAGGAUAUUCACAGGCUAAGAGAGAUUUCUAUCCAGGUUUCUAUCCUGGAAUCGGCUAUUACAUCUCAUUCUGGUACACAUCUGAAGAACGAGCAACGAGAUUAGCUAUUAUUAGUAUAGCUGGAUCACUUUCGGGAGCUUUCGGAGGUUUACUGGCAUCUUGUAUCUCAUUCAUGAAUGGAAUUGGUGGGCUCAAGGGCUGGCAGUGGCUGUUUAUCUUCGAAGGAAUUCCAUCCGUACUCUUGGGUAUAGCAACGUUUUGGGUACUCCCAGAUUUUCCACAAACAGCCAAGUUCUUAACAGACAGUGAACGCAAAGUGGCAGUUUCAAGAUUACCUGUUGAUGCACCUAGUAUGGAGUCGCCCCAUUUCAGAUGGUCAGAACUAAGAGAGAUUUUGCUUGAUCCCAUAUGGUGGCUAUGGGUGUUUGCUUACUUUUUAAUGAACAAUGCUAAUAACGGACAAGGAUAUUUCAGUCCGACAAUCAUUCAAAACAUGGGCUUCCAGUCUUAUGUGGCACAAUUGCUGACCAUACCGACUAAUCUCUUUGGAUUUGGAGUGACUCUUUUCUGGAGUUAUCACAGUGACAAAACGAAGGAGAGAGGGCUGCAUAUUAUAACGGGAAUCGUCUCGAUGGCUAUAGGCUACUUGAUUCUGGCAACGACAUCUACAGUGGGAGCUCGAUACUUUGCAGUCUUCUUGACAACUUCCGUCAACAUUGCGAUCAUACCUUUCUUCGCAUGGCGUCUGGACACAGCGAAAGGGACUACGGCGUCUGGAGUCGCUAUAGCCGGUGUGGUCGGUUUAGGAAACUUGGGAGGAAUAACUUCACCAUAUCUGUUCCCUGAUUCAAGUGCUCCAAGGUUCCUUCCUGGGUGUUGGAUACUGUUCUCGGUACUGGUGCUGGACAUUCCGAUUAUCUUGUUUCUGAAACAUUAUUACGACAAGAAGAAACUAGCGUCUCAGAAUGACGUUGAGAUGGUACAAAAGUCAGCUUAA